CGAUGUACUAUUUAUAAAAUAUAUGUUGUAUGUUAAAACCUUAGUUUGUUAGAAUUAAACAGAUAACAUGUAUUUGUUAGAUGCGCGUUUCGACGUGCAACUGUUGAAAUAAUCAUCGUUUGUCCUACUCACUUUCGUGUAUAAUGUCGAAUCGAUUGCCGAAUAUAUAAGAUUAUGAUAAACGACUAUAAUUAUUAUAUGUAUGGUCGCAAUGUAUAAAGUGCAUUUUGUGUAUCACAAUAUAGUGGAUUUACGACGUUAAUUCUUGAUUUUCGUGUAAGUGAAUUGUGCGGGCAGACUCAUUAGAUAGUGCGUGUAAUUAAUUGAAGUUGAGCAUCCGGUUUUCAUCGAUUCUUCCAUGGAGGUAAUGCGGAGCAGUCUCUGGCGAAAUCUGCGGCGGAUGAAGCAAACUACAAUGCCCUAGCUGGUACAGCUAAAAGAGAGUAUUUAGCUCUGGCAUUCAACGACCGAUGCAGCGGAAAGCGUACUCAGCUACGGCACAACACUGAUCCUGUGCGGAUGCGGUCGGUUCGAUGGCACUGAAAUUUGCGAAGCCAUUUCAACGGCCAUACAUAUUCGCCAGAGAAACAUGAAGCCGGUGUUUUAUGCCCCGGACAUUGAGAUUUCUGGUGUGGUCGAUCAUGUUACCAGAGAGCUGGAUACCACCUGUCCUUCUAGAAAUGCUCUCGUUGAAGCUGCCAGAUUAGCAAGAGGAUGCAUAAAGCCUAUAUGCGAAUGCGAAGCUUGUACACACGGCGCUCUCGUCAUACCUGGCGGCUACGGCGCUGCACGCACUUUGAGCAAUUUCCUCGAAAAAGGCGCAGCUUGCAGCGUUUUACCUGAUUUAGAGAAACUCAUCGAGGAUUUCUACUGCGAGAACAAGCCGAUCGGUACUAUGUGCAUCGCUAGUGUGCUUGUCGCUAAAGUACUCAAAGGCGUGAAAGUAACCCUCGGCAAGGAAUCACCCAAAGACGAUUGGCCACACGCGGACGUUAUCAAGAAAGUCAAAGAUAUGGGUGCUAAAAUAGAAAUGAAGGAUGUUAAAGGAGUAACGUGUUGCAAAAAGUACAAUGUUUUCAGUACACCAGCCUGGUUGUAUGAACCAGCUACUUACUUGGAUAUUCACGAAGGCAUCGGCAAACUUGUUGCGUGCUUAAAGAAAUGCGCGGAUAAGUAA